AUCCUGCUCCCGUCCCAGCGUCUCCAGGGUUCCCUCUCCCUGCCUCUGCGCCGCGCUCCGCUCUGUCUCUAGCGAUCCCUCCCUCCCUCCCUCCUUCCUCCAUGGCGUCGCUCCUGUGCUGUGGGCCUAAGCUGGCCGCCUGUGGCAUCGUCCUCAGCGCCUGGGGAGUGAUCAUGUUGAUAAUGCUCGGGAUAUUUUUCAAUGUCCAUUCUGCUGUGUUAAUUGAGGACGUCCCCUUCACGGAGAAAGAUUUUGAGAACGGCCCUCAGAACAUAUACGACCUGUACGAGCAAGUCAGCUACAACUGCUUCAUCGCCGCGGGCCUCUACCUCCUCCUCGGAGGCUUCUCCUUCUGCCAAGUUCGGCUCAACAAGCGCAAGGAAUACAUGGUGCGCUAGAGCGCAGUCCGACUCGCCCUCCCCACUCCCCUCCUCUAUUUAAAGACUCCUCAGACCGUCGUCCCACUCCUCUGGCGCCCUUGGGGACUGUUACCCUGACUGUCAUCCCUGGCUCUGCAAAACUGCUGCCCUGGAGGGGACCGGGGGUGACCGCGCCCUGUUCUGAACUACAAUAAAAAGAAGCGGUUCUCCUGA